AACCGAUUCAACCCAAUUACGGACACAAAUCACACAAACAUGGUGAUUAAUUUUCAACCCGUUUAAAACCGUGACCAAAAACCAGGAAAAACUGAACCUGAAUAGCCUUCGUUCGGUUGUUUGUUUCGGUUGUGGUCUCAGGUAAAAAUGGUUGAGCCCAUAGAUUUAGGUUCGGUUGUUUGUUUUCCUGAACCAGUGUUCCCCUCCCUUCUAUCUUUCCUUAUUUUAUUCAUUCCUAAUAUUGAUGAUAUUCAUCGAUACGUUUGCCAUUAUUCCGCGGAAGAAACUUGUGUUGCCUUUAUCCAAAAUAAAUAAAUAUAAUAAUAAUAAGAUAAACGAAGUUGACAAAACUACCCAAUUCCUCUAAACUGGAUCUCCUCUCUAUGUCACAAUAAACUCAAAGCAGAACUAUCUGGAUUACCCGGAGAUAGUUUGAUUAUCCGGGUGGGGUUACCAUAAUAUGUUAUUUUACUUCUUUUGAGUUAGGGUUAGGGUUUCUGUUUAGAUCUGCUUCUAAAUGCUUACAAUACAUCUUCUGUGUGUGUGUGUGUAUGCAAACACACAUGAAUAUUGCAUGUUGUGUUUGUGAUUCAUAAAGCUUUUAUGAUAAAUUUUUGUUUGAUUUAAUGAAAUCAAUGAUCUGAAUUGUUACUGCAAUAUGGUUGAACAUGCAGGUGUUUAUAUAUAUAUAUAUAAAGUACUGUUUGCUAUGCUCUGUAUCACAUUAUUGGAUCAAUCACAUUUUUGAUGGGGAUUGAACUUAUUAGACAUCACAUAAAGGAAGAGGCUACAAAGAUAUCCACACUCCCUCCUGGCUUUGAAUCACUUGCAUCCAUGAUCCUAAAAAAGGAGAAGGAUAAUACAAAUAAAACAAUGUGCUCAUCCCCUACAAGUAACUUGCAAUUUCAGAGACCCAAGGUGGAAACAGAAUAUGAACGUACUGAAGGCGCAAAUGUAAAGUGUCUAAGACGGCGGUCAGGGAUAAAGUAUGACCGGUUUGAUAACAGUUCAGAAGAUGAAUCUGAUUCCGAGCAGAGCAUCCCUGUAAGGCCACAUCUACCUAAAGGGGUUGUCCAUGAGUGUCUAAAGGUUUCUGCACAAUGGCGCCCAGAAGGAGCUUGCAGGGUUGAUCUUCCAGAAGCGCCCGUGUUCUAUCCAACUGAAGAGGAAUUUGAAGAUACUCUAUCAUAUAUAAAUGGAAUACGGCCCAGAGCAGAAGCAUAUGGAAUUUGCCGUAUUGUACCUCCUGCUUCAUGGAAACCUCCAUGCUCUCUCAAGGAGAAGGGCAUAUGGAAAAAUUCUAAAUUUAGCACUCGUAUACAAAGGAUUGACAAACUUCAAAAUCGGGAUUCAAUGUCAAAAAAAGCAAAAGUCAUUCACAGUAAGAAAAGGAAAAGACGGAGAUGCACUAAAUCUAGUAUUAAGACUCACGAUGAUACCACUAAUGAUGAGUCUGAGAAGUUUGGGUUUGAAUCUGGUCCAGAGUUUACUCUAGAUUCAUUUCAGAAAUAUGCUGAUGAUUUCAUUGCCCAAUAUUUUGGGAAGUAUGAAGGGCAAUUGAAGCCUUCAGUGGAGACUAUUGAGGGCGAAUAUUGGCGUAUGGUCCUGAAACCCACUGAAGAAGUUGAGGUGCUUUAUGGGGCUGAUUUGGAAACUGGAACAUUUGGCAGUGGGUUUCCUAAACAACCUCAUCAAAUAAGCUGUGCUGCUGAUAUGAAAUACAUAAACUCAGGAUGGAACUUGAACAACUUUCCAAAACUUCCCGGUUCUGUUCUUUCAUAUGAAAGCAGUGAUAUAUCUGGUGUUCUUGUGCCUUGGCUUUAUGUAGGAAUGUGUUUUUCUUCUUUCUGUUGGCAUGUUGAAGACCACCAUCUGUACUCUUUGAAUUAUAUGCAUUUGGGAGCUCCAAAAAUGUGGUAUGGUGUUCCUGGGGCUGAUGCUUUAAACUUUGAAGCGACUAUGAGGAAGCACUUGCCAAACCUCUUUGACGAGCAGCCUGACCUGCUUCAUAAGCUUGUCACACAACUCUCCCCUUCCAUACUAAAGUCCGAAGGAGUGCCUGUUUAUCGAUGCGUUCAGAACUCUGGGGAAUUUGUUCUCACUUUCCCUAGAGCAUAUCAUGCUGGUUUCAACUGUGGAUUCAAUUGUGCUGAAGCAGUAAAUGUAGCUCCAAUGGACUGGUUACCCCAUGGACAUAAUGCUAUAGAGCUCUAUUCUGGUCAAAGACGUAGGACUUCCAUUUCACAUGAUAAACUAUUGUUUGGUGCGGCAAAGGAUGCAGUCAAAGCACAAUGGGAAAUUAGUUUGCUUAGGAAGAAAAGUUCAGUUAAUUUGAGAUGGAAGGAUGUUUGCGGAAAGGAUGGGGUUCUGUCUCAAGCAUUAAAGACUCGUGUUGACACAGAACGGGUGAGGAGGGAAUUUACUUGCAAAUCCUCAGAAACACUGAAGAUGGAAAGCAGUUUUGAUGCUACAUGUGAGAGGGAAUGCAACAUAUGUUUUUUUGAUUUGCAUCUUUCUGCAGCAGGUUGCCACAACUGUUCACCAACAAAAUAUGCAUGCUUGAACCAUGCAAAACAGUUGUGUUCAUGUCCUGAGGCUUCUCGAUUCUUCCUCUUCCGUUACAGUAUUGCUGAGUUGGAUCUGUUGGUUGAAGCUUUGGAAGGGAAGUUAAGUUCCAUAUAUCGAUGGGCAAGGCAAGAUCUUGGUCUAUCCAUGAGCUCCUAUGUAAACAAUAAAGAGUUAACCAGACCAGUUAAUUAUAUUCAAGUUAAUCACAUUCCCGAAAAGUUUCUGCCUAAUAAAAGCUUUGGUACUGAAGUUAAAUCUGGAGUAAAAUCUUCAAAUCCCCAGGAUGAUGAUGUCAUAGUCCUUAGUGAUGAUGAUGUAGAAGAGACCGAGACAACUGUUGUUGGGAAUUCUCAACGAGAAACUAGCUAUGCUCUAGAAUGUUCUCAGGGCUCUCAUAGUGCUGAGAAACUGGAUGUAGAUGCAAAGUCAACGUCCACAGAUGGAAUACAAAAUGACUUGGACCGAUGUUUCAGACAAAAGGGUCUGCGUAUUGCUAAAGUGGUGAGAAGGAUCAAUUGCAAUGUUGAAGUUCUGAAUUAUGGAGUUAUCCAGCCUGGAAUGUUGUGGUGUGAUGCUCGGGCUAUUUACCCAAGGGGAUUCAGGAGUCGUACCAGAUAUAUAGACAUUUUAGAUCCAACAAACAUGUGCUACUAUGUCUCUGAAAUUCUUGAUGGAGGACAUCAUGGACCCUUGUUUAUGCAAACAAAUGCUGGGAAAUGGUUCAGGAAAGACUUAAUAAAGAGAUUGCUACACGGCGCAGGAUGGGAAAGACAAACCUCCCUCACCUCCAACCUCCUGGGAGUCUUGAUGGCUUAGAAAUGUUUGGUCUUUCUUCCCCAGCAAUUGUUCAGGAAAUUCAAGCUAUGGACCAAGAUAGGGCUUCUUUGGAGUAUUGGAAAUCACGGCCACUUGUGCACAAUCAAGAAGGCCCUGUGUCUGGAGAUGACCCGAAACCAAACCCAAAAUUCGAGGGUGUUAAACCAACACUUGGUGGUCUGUUUACGAAGGCUAGCAGUGAAGAACUUGAGGCACUUUACAGUUUACUACGAAACAAACCGUCCCCAACUGAUCAAUUCUUAGUGGCUGGGCUUCUAAAUGAUGAGAUUCGUAGGCGCAGAAUAUGAACUAUGAUUGAUUUUUUAAACAUGGAUAUAGGUUAUUUUAAGGACUUUUGACACAAAAAUAGAAGCCCCAAUUUUGGUCACUCACAAAUGAUUUGCAGCGUAAGCCCAGCAAACUGUGAAAAUUUUUGCGCUGAAGAUCUUCAUUUACUGUACAGUACUAAGAUAGUACACAAUGAAAAUGUUAGACCACUGAACUGGUUGUUUGAUUAACUAUAAACUUGUAAAGACAUCAAUCAGUAUUCAGUACAUUUGAUGUGGUGGUAUAUAUGAAAAGAAAUUUGAAGAAGUGGUUAUUUUCCGUUUUUUUCAAUGGUAUUGCUUAUU